AUGGAGGAUGCCCAAGUUCACCUCUUGCGAGUCUCUCCUGGAGGUCCAGAUGGUGACGGUACCCUUUUAGUCAUGGUAAGCGACAAGCGUAUGUCCAAUGAAGAAAUGCAAGAGGUUGCCUCAAACCACGACCACAUUAUCGGUUUCGCCUUCCCCCCACGCGCUGGCUCAGACUGCGACUAUGAGAUCCACCUCUGGCACCCAUUCUAUGAACUAGAUAAGUGUGCCCAUGCAAUGAUCGGAACUGUGUGGCUCCUGUCGAAGCUUGGAAAGAUGUCGAGGAACGACCUCCGCAUCCGGAGUAAGAACGGUCGUGUUGAAGCGAUGAUCACGAAGACUGCAGACAAAGACAGCACCUGGGUUGAAUUCUCCUACCCGAUUUGUUCAGUCAUGGAGGAGGUGCCUCAAAACCACAUCAACGCCAUACUGUCUCAGUUGGAGAUUGAUGGAGAUGACAUAACACCUAGAAUACAAGUCCGGAAUGCUGGCACGAACAAAAUAGUAAAGACGAUGAUUCCGAUCAUAUCGAUUGCAAAGUUGAAUGAGUUGGACCUGGAAUAUCCUCUCAGCAAAAAGCUUCUUGAAAAGAUUAAAAGCAAUGGUUUGUGCCUGUAUGCUGCCGACGACCACAACCCGCAUGAAUACGAAGUGAGGCAGAUCCCUAAACAUGCUGGAGAUUGGGAGGAUACUGCGACUGCUUUGGCUAUUGCGAUCAUGCUAAAUGGCACGAUCUUCGACCCUAACCAGAGACUUAAGAUUAGACAGCGUUUGGACGAGGACCGUUAUCGUGAGAUGGAUUUGAGGUUUAAGCUAUGGGGAGGUAACGUUGUGGGCUGUUGGAUUGGAGGCACUGCCGAGUUUGAGACGGAGAAGGGAGAGACCAGAAAGACAAAGUAUUGGGAGACUGAUACUGAAUAG